AUGGCUACCACAAAGGCUCUCGUUAAUAUCCAUCCGGGCCUCGCUGAGGUACAAGAUAUCCCUGUGCCAGAGCUAGAGCCUGGCUACAUUAGAGUGAGACCCACUGCGUGGGCUAUCAACCCAGACGAUGCUUACCACCUUGGCCUAGAAGGAGAGGAGAGUUGCCCUGGCACUGUCAUUGGUACAGACUAUGCUGGUGUCGUCGUGGAAGUUGGGCCUGGAGUGGAGAGGGACUUUAAAGUUGGUGAUCGAAUUGCUGGCGGUGUCGUCGGGCAGAAUGUUCUGCGGAAACAUGAUGGUGCUUUUGCGCACUUGAUUCAUGUCCAGGGAGAUAUUCAGAUGAAGAUACCUGAUAGGAUGGCUGACGAAGACGCUGCGACUCAGGGUGUUGCGCUUAUCACGAUGGGCGUUGGAUUAUACCAGCAUCUCCAUCUUCCUCUUCCAGACGCAUCAGCAAAGGAGUCGUUUCCAGUUUUUAUCUAUGGUGGUAGCACAGCCAUGGGAAUAGCCGCUAUCCAGUUUGCAAAGCUCUCUGGUGCCACAGUUAUUACUACUUCAUCACCCGCCAAUGCGGACUAUGUCAAGUCUUUCGGCGCCGAUCAUGUCCUUGACUACAAGUCAGAAGCUCUCGUCGAUGACAUCCUUAGACUAGCAGGCGGUCCUCUCCUCCACGUCUUCGAUACCCAUCCUAACCUCACCAGCAUCACAACCUCUGCAGCAAUCCUUCAAAAGUCCCCUUCUGCGAUCUACAUCGCCCUUAACCCUGGUCUGGAGCGCGAAGUCAAACGCCUCAACCCCGACGUCACAGCCGAAUCUAUCCUCGCAUACUCAGCGACAGGCAAUCCGUGGAUGUACGAGAAUAAGUUUUACGAGGCCGUACCCGCGGAUUUUGCAUUCCAGAAGAAGUUUGCCAAAGUGGCUGAAAAAUUGUUCCAACAGGGGCUACUGAAGCCGGCACGUGUUUAUCUGAACAGAGGAGGGAGUGGCUUCGAGGGCAUUGUGAAGGGGCUGGUUGACAUAAAGGAGGGGAGGGUAAGUGGCGGGAAGCUUGUGUAUACGCGAGAGUAA